AUGGCAAGCUCACAAACAUCUCUUAGCCCAGCUGCUACACCAAUUCCAAAAAGCGCCAUCUCCAUGGGGCAGGAAACUGGCCACCCAGAAGCAACUAUCAUCACCACUCCAACUACCUCUUCUUCCAUGGCAAUUCAAAGCCCUUCCGUUGCAAUUCAAAGUGCACCCCAGACAUUCACUCCAGCCAGUGCCUCAUCGGUGAACACAGUACAACAGAUAUUUAGUACCAUUGCUCCGGCCCCUCAACCCACAACGGUACCACAACUGAUAGCAACUGCCAUUGCCAAGCUUGGCGAGCCUGUGAAUUCACCGCCAAUGCUUCCCGUUUCAUCGUCCAAACUGGUCCUCACUCCCGGAGUCGUAAUCACCACAAUCCAUACUCAGAAAAUGGGAGCCUCUCACAGUAUGAGCACAUUGGACGUCAACAUCCUUCCAGGAGACCAGCCACACAUGGCUUUCGCCAGCCCAUUGUCUCCGAUGACCCUAAUUGCCAUCGGCGCAGCUGCCUUCUGUUUUUCGUUAUUAAUGGCAAUUUCCAUUUGGUCAUGUUUCAAAAGGCGAAGCCAACAUCGCAACAGCACACUUUCUUUACCACACACAACCAACCACCCUACUCACAGGGAUUCCUUGUCUCCGGGUCUUCAGAAAAUGGACUUGCCUAGUCCAACCAACAGUGGUUAUACGAUUGACACGACUCCGCAUUCCAAAUUCUGUGAACAGUUUGACUACAGACUACCUGUUUUGUCACCGACACACGACCCACACUCGCACAAGAGGUAUCACAACGAUAUUAAGGCCUCUUACCAAAUUCCCCCUGCAUGGGGUGCUUCACAGCUUGAUCGGCUCCCUAGCUGCCCCGACCACCUGACCUUUGUACCAAAGGUACUCCUCACAGGCAAUCUGCUUCCGCCGAAACCUGCUGUGACCCCGAAUGCGAUGCCGCCUUAUGCCAUGCCGCUGAGAUUCAACCACCACGACCAAGUGAUGAUAAGAUCACCACCUGAGCCGAGAUCUUGCAAGAUGAGCCCGGCAGAAGCGUCACAGGAGCUACAGAAGCUCAUAGAACAAGUCGAUUUCCGGAUUUACGAAGAUCUUGACCUGGACGAGAGCUUAUCAGAGAGCAUCUCAAAUCCCGAAUUGUUCUCGGAUCUGACAGGCGAUUCUUUGCCUUACGGUGGGCGGCCUUCGGCGACUAACAGCGUAGCAGCACACCCACCACUUCCCCUGCCUCGUUAUAACUAUCGCAAGGUUACACGUACACGCCCGAGUCCAACCCUCCUGCCAUAA